AUGGCGAAGGCCGUCGACAAGCGUCAGGCAUACAGCAUUAUCGGACUUGCCGCACUGCAGGUCAUUUUCCAGGUCGUCAUCGGCGCCGUGACGGGCACCAAGCUCGACCAAGGGGAUCUGUGCCAGCUCAACCUCGACCCACAGAGCGGCCGGGUGUGCGAUUUCGUGUACAACACCGUGGGCUUCGGCCUGCUGUUCUCCCUCAUCCUGAUUGGUACAGUGUACUAUACCCUAGCCAAAGCCCGUCCCGGGACCCUCACGGCAGGGGCCACCAUCGGCCUGGCCGCCUACGCUUUCUUCUGGUACCUGGUGUUCUCCAUCACCAUCUCCAUCCGCGGCCGGCAGGCGACCGAUGCUGGGCAGCCUGGCACCGUGGACCGUAACACUGUGGUGGGCCUGUCCUGGAUCGUGACCUUUGCAUUCCUGGCCAUCGCCAUCCUGGCCAUCUGGGAGCGCCACGUGAACAAGCUGCCCGUGGUGGACGAUGAGCUCAAACGCUCCUUCCUGUACAAGGUGGAGAAGGUGUCCUCCAGUGGCUCCGGCAACUCGCCCAAGGCUGCGGCCGAGGUGGAGUCGCGGUCCCUGUCCACCGUCCAGGAGGCGCAUGAGGGGCUGAAGGCCAGGCCCCAGUGA